CCACUGUCAGCAAAAUGUCUGUCGUCGAUGUCCAAGCUGGUUGCUUUCGGAACCUGCUAUCGUUCUCGUUUCGCAAGAAGCGCUCAGAGCGAGAGAAGAACGAUGUCCCAACGAAGUCCGCGAGGCGGCCAACAGAGCUACCCGUCGUUCAAGUGCCCGAGGCCAAGCUAGAGGAGAGCGAGCGCCCCGGGUUAUCCGUGAAAGAAGGGGAAUUGCCCCCUUAUGCUAAUGCCGGGUUUUUCUGCGCACAUUCCAACGCUCAAGCGUAUGCGGACCUUGUCAAACCUCCAGCAUAUAGCUCAUGCGAAUUGGGCGAAUACUUCCGCCCUGAGGUUCUGGAAACCAUCGAGGACACGCUCGAGAAGCUGAACCCUGCGCUCCGCGAGCUCAGCCUUGACAUCCUCCACCACCCUGAGAUCCAAUGGGAGGAGAAACGUACACAUGAUACCCUCACCGCAUUCAUGUCUUCACAUGGCUUCGCGGUCACCCAGCACUAUCUCGACCUACCUACCGCAUGGCGCGCCGAGUUUACGCACACGUCCUCGAGCAAUGCGGAUGCGAAGCUACGUGUGAUCGGUGUCAAUUCGGAGAUGGACGCGCUCCCGGGCAUUGGGCACGCGUGUGGGCACAACCUCAUAGCGAUUGCGGGUGUGGGUGUCGCGCUCGCGAUCAAGGCAGCGUUGGAGAAGCAUAACGUACCAGGUAAAGUUGUUUUGCUCGGAACACCCGCUGAGGAAGGAGGUGGCGGGAAGAUCAAUCUACUAGAUGGUGGUGCAUAUGAGGAGAUGGACGCAUGUCUCAUGUGUCAUCCAUCCCCUGGACCACCAAAUUACGUUUCCAUCGGCCCUUCCCUUGCCUGCCAGCCACUCGAAAUUGAAUUCUUUGGUCACGGGGCACAUGCAGCUUGGGCACCCUGGGAGGCACAGAAUGCGCUCGACGCAGCGUUCCUGGCAUAUUCGAGUGUGUCUGUGCUCCGGCAACAGAUCAAGCCUACGCACCGGGUGCACGGCAUCGUCAGUGGGAAGGAUUGGGCGCCGAAUGUGAUUCCCGACUAUGCUAAGAUGCACUGGAUUGUCCGGGCGCCCACUUGGGCUGAGCUUGUCGCACUGCGGGAGCGUGUCAAAGCCUGUUUCGAGGCUGCAGCACAUGCCACGGGCUGCAAGCUUACCCUGAAGGCUGGUCCCGGGUAUUAUGACCUGAGACAGAACACGCCCCUGGGCGAGGAGUUUGCUAAGGUAGUGAAGGACUUCGGUGUCAAUGCUCAAUUUGAUGAGGGUAUGGCGGCUUCGACGGACUUUGGCAACGUCACUUACGCUCUGCCGUCUCUUCAUCCCUGCCACACCAUCCCCACUAAGCCGAACGGUGCGAACCACACUCCGCAGUUCACCGAAGCCGCGGGCACGCCGGAGGCACAUGCGAAGACCAUUACAGUUAUGAAGGGUCUCGCUGCAACAGGCUUCCGCAUACUAGCGGAUGGCGAAUUCACCGCACAGGUGAAGAAGGCCUGGGAGGAGCAGAUGAUCGAAUGAUAUACACGUGCAGCGUCAGCGACUUGAUAACCCUUGCACUAUAUGGAGCAGAAGGGAUGCCCAAGAUUUAUUCUGAGGAUUCUCGGAGGUGGUGGCGUCAAGGAAUAUCAUACAUACGUGCAGAGACGACGACACUUUGGCCGCGGAGGGAUGAUGCCAUUCAUUGUCCCUUGAAAAAUCAAAUGCAAUUUCAUUCGGGGCACGUAGGAUUACGACAUCUUGAGUCACGAAAGUUCUUCAAUGAAAGCAUAGUACAGCAGGAAGAGUGUUUUACUGUAGGUGCGACUAUAUUUUACAUUUGGUGUU